GAAAAAAGAAGAAUAUUUUCAUCCAAACAAACGUGCAAAAUACAUACAAAACAAUAAAAUAAGUCAAUCGUCAAUAAAAUAAGUAGUUUUCAGUUGCAAUGCCGACUCUAGACGCAGAAGCCACCGACGAGCAGUUCGGAAAUGAUCAAUCGAAGCCAAUGUCCGGACCAAUUAUUGGCAUAAUAUAUCCGCCGCCAGAAGUUAGAAAUAUCGUUGACAAGACCGCAAGCUUUGUGGCACGCAAUGGACCCGAGUUCGAGGCACGCAUCCGGCAAAACGAGCUGGGCAACCCAAAGUUCAACUUUCUGAAUGGUGGAGAUCCCUAUCAUGCCUACUACAGGCACAAGGUGAACGAGUUUCGAGAGGGAAAUGAUGCCGGCAUAACAGCUGUCAAGCAACUUGCGGUCACGAGUGCUGCCCAACAGCGACAGCAGGAACUUUUGAAGCAAGUGGUGGAGCAGCAAUUUGUCCCCAAGGAACCUCCACAAGAGUUUGAGUUUAUUGCUGACCCCCCUUCGAUUUCGGCUUUGGACUUAGACAUUGUGAAGCUUACUGCUCAGUUUGUUGCCCGCAACGGGCGGCAGUUUCUUACCAAUCUGAUGAGUCGGGAGCAGCGGAACUUUCAGUUUGAUUUUCUGAGACCUCAGCACUCGCUCUUUCAGUACUUCACCAAGUUAUUGGAGCAGUAUACGAAAGUGCUCAUACCGCCCAAGGAUUUGCUGGGAAAGCUUCGCACAGAGAGCGCCCCAGGGCGUAGCAGCAUGAACCAGGUACUGGAGCAGGUGAAAUACCGCGCCAACUGGCAACGCCACCAGGAGGCGCAGCGUCGUCGGGAAGAGGAAAAAAUUGAGAGAGAACGUGUUGCGUACGCCCAGAUUGACUGGCACGAUUUUGUGGUUGUAGAGACCGUGGAUUAUCAACCAUUCGAGUCUGGCAACUUCCCUCCGCCUACAAAUCCAGACGAGGUCGGUGCCAGAGUUCUUAUGGAGGAGCGCCUCAUGGAAGAGGAGGGAGAUAUAGAAAUGCAAAUUGAGUCCGACGAAGAAGACGACUCACAGGUUGCUAGCCAUUUGGAGAGUGGCCUCAAGCUGUCGCAAAUGGAAAACAGAGUCGGCAUCCAAAUGAAGAACGUUUCAUCGUUCGGCCAAUCAGUUGGCACCAAACGGGACAACACUCAGGUGCAGGACAUGGACGAAGCAUCGAGUGACGAGGACACGCCUGCGGCCAAGCUGCAGCCUGCUGUGGCCCCAAUGCAGCCGCCUACUCACGACAAGGUUCUGGUCAAGAAGUACGACCCUAAGGCCACACAACCCAAGGCAGCGCCCAUGCCCACGGACGAGUACCUUAUUUCUCCAAUUACUGGCGAAAAGAUCCCGGCAUCCAAGGUGUCGGAGCACAUGCGUAUUGGUCUACUGGAUCCGCGAUGGGUGGAACAGCGGGACAAGCACACUGUCGAGAAAAUCAACCAGGACAAUGUCUUUGCAGCUGGUACUGCCAUCGAGGCAAGCCUGAAGCAGUUGGCAGAGCGGCGUACCGAUAUUUUCGGUGUUGGCGACGAGGAAACGGUCAUUGGCAAAAAACUGGGCGAAGAGGAGACCAAAAAGGACGAUCGCGUUACCUGGGAUGGCCACACUUCCAGUGUUGAGGCCGCCACUAGAGCGGCUCGGGCCAACAUCACUCUGGAGGACCAAAUCCAUCAAAUUCAUAAGGUCAAGGGUCUGCUGCCAGACGAAGAAAAGGAGAAAAUUGGCCCCAAGCCUGUGGGAAACAAAGCAACACUAUCGGCCCCGCCGCAGCCGUCUUCCAAGCCCCAGCACAGCCAUGGCCAGAGCCAGCACCAUCAAGGAGGUGGCCACCACGCACACCACAAUUUGCACCAUCAUCAUCCACCGCAGCAGCACCAAUCAGCUCCGCAGCACCAGACACACCAGCAUCCAUCCCAUCAUCACCAGCAGCCCCAGACACAGGCCAAUCCUGUCAUGAUGAUGCAACUGCGACCUCUCAUGAUGCAAACUCCCUUUGGCCCUGGCACUGGAGGGUAUAUGAACAUGCAGCCCACUGGAGGACCAGCGCAAAUCUCACCGGCACCGCCAGUCGAUCUAAUGUCCGUGGAGGAUGAGCCGCCCACAAAGAAAUUGCGAUCGGAGGACAAUCUAAUCCCGGAAGCAGAAUUCAUUGCCGCGCACAAGAGCCCCGUCACCAUCCAGGUUCUUGUUCCGAACUCAGAUAAGUCAGAGUGGAAGCUGAACGGACAGAUGAUCGCUGUAACACUGGCACUCACUGACCCCAUUGCUAACCUCAAGGCGAAGCUGCAAGAUGAAACGGGCAUGCCGCCGGCCAAGCAGAAAAUCUUCUACGAGGGGAUGUUCUUCAAAGACAGCAACUCGAUGGCGUUCUACAAUCUCCUAAACGGGAUGACGGUGCACUUGCAGGUGAAGGAGCGUGGCGGUCGCAAGAAGUAAGCCUUCGGAGUCGGAGAAACAAUCGGCCGAGCUUGUCUCAGUCCAGCAUAGUCUUUUGCAGAGAGUUUCUGUACUACAUAUGUGGAAAAUGAUUCGUUAUGGUGGUUUCGCAUACGUUUUUAAUAAAUUCUCGAUCACAGAA